CGGAGGAAAUCAUUGAAUUCCCUGUCCUGAAGCUGAAUGGCCGAACCAUGGAGAUUGAGUCUACCUGUCACAUGUAUGUCCAGCCCGUAGUCCAGCCACAGCUUACCCCCUUCUGUACAGAGCUCACCGGGAUUAUUCAAGCCAUGGUGGAUGGCCAGCCAAGCCUACAGCAAGUACUGGAGAGGGUCGAUGAGUGGAUGGCAAAGGAAGGCCUCUUAGAUCCCAAGUCAAUUUUUGUCACCUGUGGAGACUGGGACUUUAAAGUCAUGCUCCCAGGUCAGUGCCAGUACUUGGGCUUGCCGGUGGCGGAUUACUUCAAGCAGUGGAUUAAUCUGAAGAAGGCUUACAGCUUCGCCAUGGGCUGCUGGCCCAAGAAUGGACUUAUAGACAUGAACAAGGGCCUCAGCCUGCAACACAUAGGUCGGCCCCACAGCGGCAAUGAUGACUGCAAGAACAUCGCCAACAUCAUGAAGACGCUCGCCUAUCGAGGCUUCAUCUUCAAGCAGACGUCGAAGCCGUUCUGAUUGGUCGAGGACAGGAUGGGGCAGGACAGGGUAGCUGCUUGGCCCAGCCCAAAAUCCUCCUCUCCCUGUCCAGAGGGGCAAAGGGAGAGUGGCCCAGCUCUGCGUCCAGAGUGUCCCCCAGCUGCCCUGUGGGCCUGUGCCCAGGGCAAGGGCUUGGCCACUUGGCCCCUCCGGAGCAGACACUUUGUGCCCCCCCCCACACACCACCCCUCAACUUCAGCCCAGUUAUCAGCCCCUCCCAUUGUGGACCUGGGCUCGGGGGACCCAGGCCCUCACUGCCUCCUCCCUGGUACACAGGCUUCUGCGGGGGCCUCCAGGGCCCCCUGUGCCCCCUCCCAUCCAUAGUGCAUGCUGUGUGGUGUCCCCAGGGCUCCAGGACAGAUCAGGCCCUACCUUGUGUCUACC